AUGUUGAAGUUUGGCAUGCCGCCGGCGGGCAUGGGAGAGAAGAAGCUCAAAGUCGAUGUAGUCCGACGCAUCACCCCUUUCAACGAGCGUGGACGCCCUCAACCGCACGAGUUCCGAGAGGGUAGCAACAUACCCUUCCCCGAAACCGACCACUUCUGGAAUCCGUGGAACAAAUGGACCACCCAACUCAACGAGUUCAACAGUCACCCUACGGGGGUUUUUUUACAGACACUGUCUGCACUUCCUACAGAUAUUGUCUGUAAACAGGCAUUUUAG